AUGGGUAUCAAGGCUAUAGGACUUCACGGGCUUCUCAAGUCCAUACAAAAACCAUGUCAUUUGAAGAAUUUGAGUGGACAGACCCUUGGCGUCGAUGCCUAUGGCUGGCUCCACCGCGGUACAGUGGCCUGCUCAGUGGACUUGGUCCUAGAUAGACCUACCAGAAAACAUCUUGAUUUCGUCCUUAAUCGAGUCCGCAUGCUCCUCUUCUUCGGCGUCACCCCAUAUCUCGUUUUCGAUGGCGACAAUCUCCCUAGCAAAGCCGGCACUGAGCAGGACCGAUAUCGACGCCGCCAGCAGAGCAAGGCAAUGGGGCUUGAUCUACAACGCAAAGGUCGAUUGGCGGAAGCCUACCAAGAGUUCCAGAAGGCAGUCGACGUUACCCCAUACAUGGCCCGUCAGUUGAUUGAGGAAUUGAAGAAAAUGAACGUUCAAUAUGUGGUGGCCCCAUAUGAAGCAGAUGCCCAGCUGGUGUACCUUGAGCAACAGGGUCUCAUUCAUGGAAUCAUUUCCGAGGACUCGGAUUUGCUGGUGUUUGGUGCGAAGAGACUAUUGUCCAAAAUGGACCAGCAUGGGGAUUGCAUCGAAAUUGACCGGGCAGACUUUACCGCUUGUCGGGAAGUUAGCUUGGUUGGCUGGAGUGACGCAGAUUUCCGACGGAUGUGUAUCCUGAGUGGAUGUGAUUACCUGGCAAACAUUCCCAAAAUGGGAUUGAAGACUGCCUAUCGCAGCAUUCGCAAGCACCGAACUGUGGAAAAGACCUUGCGCAUGCUGCAAUUUGAGAACCAUCUUCAGGUUCCCGCUGACUAUCUCGCCAAGUUCCAGCAGGCGGAGAUUACUUUCCUCUACCAGCGAGUCUUCUGCCCCAAUGCUAAGAAGCUGGUGACUCUUACACCUCCCGAAGAUGGGAUCAACCUUGACGAGCUGCCAUUCAUCGGCGCGGACGUGGUGGCGGACAUUGCAGCUGGAGUGGCCUGCGGUGACUUGGACCCGACAACCAAGGAACCGAUUGAGUUGAAACCAGUGGCUCCAGGUAAAUUAUUCCGGGGGAUUAUUCGCCGUCAGACUCUGGGGUCGUCUUCCGAGCUGAAGCCCAGCAAGCCCAUCAGUUCGAUCUUCACCCCGAAGCGCAUGCCGCUGGGCGAGCUGGAUCCGAACAGUCUCACCCCGUCCCCGAGCCAGCAGAUACUUCUGGAACGGAAUGCGAACAACUCCUGGCAAGCCAGCUUUUCGCCCUAUCGCUCGACACCGAAUAGAUCGACCUCCUUCCGGGCACUGCCUGACCAAGGCCGCAGCCCGAUGGUCCGUAGCGUUGAGCGUAACUCAUUCCUCGCACAAACCGCGACUGCAUCUACCCUUCAGCCCAUUAAGCGACAGAGACUAUGCUCUGAGACCGAGGAUGAUCAGCUACCAGCGCGUCCUGACUUUCGGAGCCGCUUCUUUGCCCCCAAGACAGACCAAGCCAGCCCCAGCGGAGAAAAGGUCUCGCGAACCAAGAAACAACGCAAGUCGGGGUUGGAUGUUUUCUCUGAUGACUCGGUGGCUGAAGAUAUCUUCUCUGGGAUCCCCGACCCUGGCUCCAAGCAAGAUGUCCAAGAUGCCAUGGAAACUCCAGUUAGAGUGCAAGGACCAGCAGAAGCCGAUGUCCGGGGCGAGGAAGAUAGCCCAUCUGUCCGACAGACUGAAUGCAGUGAUGCACUGCCGAGAGACGAAGCUCAAGCAGAUCAAGCAUCCGAGGAUCAUGAGUUCGAUCAAGCUCUAGGCUAUCAUGUUCAACGACAGAAUUCGUCGAUCCUUUCAAAGUACACCUUUAAUGCAGGCUCCAAGGCUGCUUCUAGCCGGUCUCCAAUGACCAAAAUUCCGGUCUUUCAAUCCGGUAACAAGCCUGCGCUACUCGCAUCGCCCCGGACGCCUCAAGUGACUGCUCAGAGAGCCCCACAGCGCCAGCGAUUGACCCCGUUGCAGCGUAUGGGGCAAGCAGCCUUGACUCGAUCUCAGUCUAUCAACUUCCCAACUAAGCUUCGCCAGGCCGACUCUAUGGAUUCGCAGAGUGAAGGAGAGUCUCUGCUUGCGCCGAGAUCCUCCCGCAACUCUAUUCAAGGCAGCGAAGAUCUGAUCAUCCCCGACAGUGACGAGGACGGAGAGGAUGAGCAUAAAAUUUCUGGACAGACCACACCAUUGGAUCUGAAGCGAUUCUCGUUUGCAGUGAACUAA